AUGGCAAAUCUUGAACAACAAGUUCAAAUGUUGACCAGUCAGAUGCAGCAGCUGACUUUGCAACUCGGCUCUCAACAGCAGGAGCUGGGCAACACACGUGCUGCACUCGAACAGCAAACCCAGGCGACUAAUGCCGCUUUGUCGGUGGCACAGGCCGCCAUUGCGCAGUUGACAGCGAGCAACCAGCCAACGCAAGCUGUCGACUCCACACGCAAGCCACUAAACCCCAAAUUGGUAAAGGCUCCAGAACCGUUUCUGGGUACCGAAGCUGAUUGGGAACGUUUCAAAUUCGGUUUCACAUCAUGGAUCGGGACUGUGGAUCCUGAAUACCCGCAGUUGCUGAAGGAAGCAGCUUCGCAAGCAGAGGAAAUUGAUUCUGAUCCGAUCGAAAUGACGGAUCAGGCCGAAGGUUUUUGCACGGAUCUAUUUGCCAUUCUAGUUGGGUUGUGCCAGGCCGGCGAGAUCCCAGCUAUGGCAAUGUUGGUGCCUGAACGCAAUGGGUUUGAACUUUGGCGCCGCGUGCAUGCACGGUAUGAGCCAGAAAACAAGCACAAACCGUUCGCAUGGUUGCGCGCGCUGUCAAAUCCGACCUUCCCAACCAAGGAAAGCUUGUGGCAACGGGGCCUUGAAGAGUGGGAAGGAGAAAUUGCAAAAUACGAACGUGAGUACAUGAAGACGUUCGAUGCGGAUCUGAAACUUGCCAUCCUGUCGGAGGUGGCGCCCAAAGCGCUUGCGCCGCAAAUUGCCAUGAAUUCGGCGAGCUUGUCUACGUACAAAACUCUUCGCGAGUUCAUCGUCCAGUACUUGAAGUCCAAAAACCUGUGGCGGCGCAGUGCAGGCACGACAUUCGGAUCUGCUUCUGCAUCAUCAGCUCCAUACUCUGGGCCAGCACCCAUGGAGAUAGGAGCAGUCGACGUUGCAGACGCCAAGCCCCAUAAAGGCAAAGAGACUAAAGGUGAUGGUAAGUCAAGAGACAAUCGCAAGGGUGACCCCAGCGGCAAAUCUGGCAAGGGGGCUGUUGAGGUCACUGAACAGGUUGCUGCAACAUCCUCCACCAAGUACGUCCUUCUUGAUUCCGGUGCCACGACCAGCUGCGCAAGUGAUCAGUGUUUCCCUGAUGCAACGGUCGACGCCACACGGCAAAAGGAACUGUGGGCCAUCAAUGGCACGCCCAUUCGACACAAGGGUGAACUGACCGCCCCCACGGCCAUUCCCGCAACGGAUUGCUGUGGCGAGCCUAUCGCAAUUCCAGCUUCUUUUCGAAUGGAUGUCACUGAUGCCACAGAGCCGGUCAUGGCCUUUUGCCGAAUCUUGGAUGACGCUGAUUGCGACCUCCACUUUUAUCGGACAUCUUCUGGCAAGCCAGCGCACAUAGAUACCCCAGAUGGUCAUACCAUCAUGUUGCCAAGAUUCGGUGCCAGGUUUUACAUGCCAUAUGAAAACAGGUCCCCCGGUAGUGGUACAACAGAGUUCGUUGUGGCUGGAAACGAUGGGGAUGAGAGCCCCAGUCCCAUGCAUUACUCUCCCACUGAGCCAGGUUCCGAUGCAGGCGCCGGCACGUCCGAGCCCGAUGCUCUCGAGAAUGCAGAUGUGGAGUGUGGGAAGGAACAUGCGCCGCCGCAGCCAGCAGGUCUUCCGAUGCCGGAUGCCCCAUCCGACGAGCAGCGUUCUCGCCACAAUUUAACUCAUGCCGACUUUGCAGCGUGGUGCCCGCAUUGCGUAGCCGGGAAGGCUGCUGAUUCCCAGCACAAGCGCAAAAACAAGCACGAGGAUCCCCAAAUUCCCGUACUACAGGUCGAUUAUCAAUUCUUCGGUCGCGAUGGGCAGCUUGUUGCAGAAGAAAGCAAAAAGGCCACAGUCCUGACAGGAACGGACUUGUCUUCCGGAUGGCCCAUGAUGGCAUUCGUGCCUCACAAAGGGAUAGAAGCGUGCACGGUGCGUGCAUUAACUUCUUGGGUUAAACGUUUGGGGCACCCGAAGGUGGUCCUCCAGCACGACCAAGAAUCAGCAUUGCGCACUGUCGUAGAUCAAGUCCAAAAAGAACUGGGACACGAUCAUGUCCAAGUGCGAGCGGCCCCGCGGUACAGCCAUGCCAGCCAAGGUGGCGCUGAGAACGCAAACCGCCUUAUGGCAGGCAUGCUGCGCACGUGGCUCAGUGCCUUGAACGAAGCAUACCCAAAUCCUGCCGAACCGCUGGACAUCAACCAUCCCGUGGUCCCAUGGCUUUGCCGUUGGGUUGCUUUCGUUUGGGCCAGAUUCCAUGUGCAGGCCGACAACAUGACACCGUUUCGCAUCGUGUCUGGGCGUGACUACGCCGCCCCCAUCGUCGAAUUUGGGGAGGUCGUUUUGUGCAAGCUUCCGGACACCAAGUCCCUGAGCAAAGCCAAACCUCGGUGGUUUAAGGGGUUGUUUGUUGGUCGGUUAGAGGUUGAUGAUUUGACGGAUGCUGGUGCAAUCACUGUGCGCUCGGUCAGACGUCUGCCGCUGGCAGAUCAGCAUGACGUAGCUUACCUCAAUGCAGCUUGUGGUUUGCCCUGGGCGCCCGCAGGCAAGCGAACAAAGGUACGCACGGAAAGCAGCCAAAUUGUGGCAUUGCCUGCCCCACUUGUGUCGGAAGCAAGCCAACCGCCUCUGAGCGUUGAGCCGCCGGCUGUUUCAAAAGACGCGCUGCCCGUUCCUCCUAUCAUGCCUGAUGUGGUUGUGCCAGACCCCAGUGAGUCUUCAGCAAACGUUCCCGGAACACCGCUGUCGGAACCGCGCGGCAUGACACCGGACAGCGCAGAGAACAUGGCCAUGACUCCUCCCACAGCGCCGUCGCCGUUUCAACUGGAAGCGCCAAGUCCAACUUCCCCUUUCCGGGGAGCUGGUGCUGCACCCAUCCCACGUGUUCAAGCAAGCCCUACUGGCAUCAAUGCUGUUCCAUUGCCUCCACCUGUUGUGCUGGAAACGUGCCCUGCUCCGGAAAGCAGCGAGCCUGCAACAUCCAGCGAGGCUGCGCCCAAAGUGCAGCGUGUGGGAACAAUCAGUGACGCAUUGUCUCAAAUCCAGGAAUGGGCACGUAGUGGUCAAUGGGAGCAGAAAAUAUCAUCAGUCUUAGAUUUGCUGGACACUCAGUUGGAUCCGCGCGAAGUGGAAAAAGCCAGGGAUGUGCAGAUGGCGACCCUUGUGGAAAAGCAGUUUGCCACACCGAAACUCAAAUCCGCAAUUCCGCGCAAAUGCAAACUCUUCAACUUCAAAUGGGUUGAUGAAAUCAAGCGCGGUGCAUAUCGUUCGCGUUUCACUUGUGCAGACAUCACGAAGCGGUAUUCAAAAGAGGAGCUUGCCGAAGAAAUCAACACAUUCGCCCCAACUCCGUAUGAAGAAUCACAUGUUCUUCUAGAGCUAAAAUGCCUCAAAAACGGCUGGCAUUCACGCUCCGGAGAUGUUCGCUGCGCAUAUUUGUUGGGCACCGACUCGGGUGACAGCAAUGGCAACCCGGUGUAUGUUCGCAUGCCGCCUGAGUACGUCCAGCAUUUUCACACGUGGUUGGCAGCUCAAGAUGCCAAGACGAAAGCCGAGUUCGUGGGAAUAUCCGAUGCGGACUUGUGCAAACACGUCGUCCUGCAGCUCGAUGGCAAUUUGUACGGCAGAAGGCCUGCGGGCAGCAACUAUCGUCAAGAGUUCGAGAAAGUCGUCGCUGACAAACUGGUUUCGCAUGGUUACCAUUUUGUGCGUGGCAAACGUGACCCUACCGUUUACACCUGCAGCAAAACAGAUGCGACAUUGCUGCGUCACGUUGAUGAUGUACGCAUGGGCGCGUUCGAUGCAGAUCUCAAUUUCCUCCAAUCCAAAGACGGUUUGGGAAAAUACCUUGACAUGAAGAAUGGGGAUAUCGAAAGGAACAGUGUCUUCACGAAUUGA